GAAUUGCUUCCGGCGCUCGCUCGUGGUGAUUGGACGGCUGCGGCCAGAGCCCUUCCGGAGCGGCAUUCGAGGGGCACAGUGGCGGCGGGAGGAAGAUGGAGGUCCGCCCCGUGUCUGCGGCUCGCCGGUCCGUGGGGCCUCUGAGCCUGCUCCUCCUGCUCCUGCUGGGCCUCGACACCGCCGGCGCCAGCGCCGGAGCCCGCCGCACCCUCGUGCUGCUGGAGAACGUCAACCUGCGCGAGACCCACUCGCUGUUCUUCCGGAGCCUGGCCGAUCGUGGCUUUGACCUCACCUACAGGACUGCCGAUGACCCUAGCCUGUCCCUUAUUAAGUAUGGGGAGUUCCUCUAUGACAAUCUUAUCAUCUUCUCUCCUUCUGUGGAAGAUUUUGGAGGCAAUAUCAACGUCGAGACCAUCAGUUCUUUUAUUGAUGGAGGUGGCAGCGUCCUGGUAGCCGCCAGCUCAGACAUUGGUGACCCACUGAGGGAGCUGGGCAGUGAGUGUGGGAUUGAAUUUGACGAGGAGAAAACAGCUGUCAUUGACCAUCACAACUAUGACAUCUCUGACCCUGGAGAGCACACACUUAUUGUGGCAGACACAGAAAAUCUCCUCAAGGCCCCAACCAUCGUAGGAAGGACAUCCCUUAAUCCCAUCCUGUUUCGAGGUGUUGGGAUGGUUGCUGAUCCCGAUAACCCUCUGGUACUGGAUAUUCUGACAGGCUCCUCUACCUCAUAUUCCUUUUUCCCAGAUAAACCCAUUACACAGUAUCCCCACGCGGUGGGGAAGAACACCCUCCUGAUUGCAGGGCUCCAGGCCCGAAAUAACGCCCGAGUCAUCUUCAGCGGCUCCUUGGACUUCUUCAGUGAUGCCUUCUUUAACUCAGCAGUGCAGAAAGCCAGCCCUGGCUCACAGAGGUACUCCCAAACGGGCAACUAUGAAUUGGCAGUUGCCUUGUCCCGAUGGGUGUUCAAGGAGGAGGGUGUGCUUCGGGUAGGGGCUGUCUCUCACCAUCGAGUAGGGGAGAAGGCCCCACCUAAUGCUUACACUGUCACAGACCUCGUGGAGUAUAGCAUUGUCAUCGAGAAGCUCUCGGAAGGCAAAUGGGUGCCCUUUGACGGAGAUGACUUCAGGCUAGAGUUCGUCCGCAUUGAUCCUUUUGUGAGGACUUUCUUGAAGAGGAAGGGUGGCAAGUACAGCGUCCAGUUCAAGUUGCCAGAUGUCUAUGGGGUAUAGUUCAAAGUGGAUUACAAUCGGCUGGGCUACACUCACUUGUACUCCUCCACUCAGGUGUCUGUGCGGCCCCUCCAGCACACACAGUAUGAACGCUUCAUCCCCUCUGCCUUCCUUACUAUGCCCUGUUGCUUUCUCCAUGAUGGCCGGACUCUUCUCUUCAGCGCUGUAUUUUUGCAUAUGAAAGAGAAGGAAAAAUCUGAUUGAAGGAGCAGAGCCCUUGGAUCUUCAUGGGCAGUUGGUUGGCAGGUGUGGGUGCCUGGUUCUGCCUGCCCUCUGUAGGAGACAAUUGGGUUACCAGGGGUGGGACAUCAUUUCUCCUCCAGCAAAUCUGCCCCUGGAUCUUUGGUGGCUGCAGUCAUCCAUUCCCACUUGUGAAAUAAAAAUGGGGUUGCUGCCCUAA